GUCAUCUCAGGAUUCUUCCAUCAUCAUCUGCGUCCCCUGCUGCAUCUACGUCCGGUUUGUUCCAGCGAUCACAGAGCCGUACCUACUGCUUGCGAAACCGUCAUGCGCGUCCUGGAUACAUGGACAUGCCAGUUUGUGGAAGUAGACCCGGAGAAGACGAGAUUCGCCAUUCUUUCACACACCUGGAGGGAGAGGGAGCAAACGUACGACGAACUAAAGAUUGUGCAGGCGCGAUACGAGGAUGGCACCAUCUGGAAUGAUGACGAGCUAUCGCGGAAGAUCCGAGAGGCCUGCAGAGUGGCACGCGAAGCUGGCUACCGGUACCUCUGGAUCGACUCUUGCUGCAUCGACAAGACGAGCAGCUCCGAGUUAUCCCAAUCGAUCAACUCGAGGUGGCAGUGGUACGGCCGCGCGCAGGUGUGCUUCGCCCACCUUGCUGACGUCCCCUCUGACGACGACCCUCACGUGGCUGAAUCUGUUUUCCGUGAGAGCCUAUGGUUCACGCGCGGGUGGACGCUCCAGGAGCUCAUCGCCCCAUUCAACAUGAUAUUCCUUUCUGAUGACUGGAAUGCCAUUGGAACGAAGGUCACGCUGAUUAUCCCCAUCGAGGAGGUCACAGGUAUCCCCGCCGAGGCUCUGUUGCAUACAAAGUCGCUUGACGACUACAGCGUAGCUCAACGACUCUCGUGGGCUGCUACACUGGAGACGACGCGAGUGGAAGAUCAGGCAUACUCGCUUCUGGGAAUUUUCGACAUCAACAUGCCCACGCUCUACGGUGAGGGCGAGCGCGCAUUCCGCCGGUUGCAGGAGGAAAUCGUGCGACAUGUUCCCGACCAGAGCCUGUUCGCAUGG